UUCCGCGGGAAGAGGCGGGGCUGAGAGGCGCGCACUGUGCUUGCUUUUUGCAGUACCUGCUGCGGCUGCUUUCGGCAUGGAGGAAAUUUAUGCGAAGUUUGUGUCUCAGAAAAUCAGCAAAACCCGCUGGCGACCGCUGCCUCCGGGAAGUUUACAGACCGCGGAGACGUUCGCUACAGGAUCUUGGGACAAUGAGGAAAAUUAUAUUUCACUGUGGUCUAUUGGAGAUUUUGGAAACUUGGACUCUGAUGGAGGGUUUGAAGGAGACCAUCAGUUAUUGUGUGAUAUCAGACACCAUGGUGAUGUAAUGGAUUUACAGUUUUUUGACCAGGAAAGAAUUGUCGCUGCUUCAUCAACAGGAUGUGUAACAGUUUUCCUUCACCAUCCAAAUAACCAGACUCUGUCAGUCAACCAGCAGUGGACUACAGCUCACUACCACACAGGCCCUGGCAGUCCUUCCUAUAGCAGUGCACCAUGUACAGGUGUUGUGUGCAACAACCCAGAAAUCGUUACAGUUGGAGAGGAUGGUCGAAUAAAUCUCUUCAGAGCUGAUCACAAGGAAGCUGUAAGAACCAUAGACAAUGCAGAUAGUAGUACACUCCAUGCUGUAACCUUUCUUCGAACUCCUGAGAUUCUUACUGUAAAUUCAAUUGGACAGUUGAAAAUAUGGGAUUUCAGACAACAAGGAAAUGAGCCUUCUCAGAUAUUGUCACUGACUGGUGACCGAGUGCCACUCCACUGUGUUGAUAGACAUCCCAACCAACAGCAUGUUGUAGCUACUGGUGGCCAAGAUGGAAUGUUGAGUAUUUGGGAUGUUAGACAAGGUACUAUGCCUGUAUCUCUGCUGAAGGCUCAUGAAGCUGAAAUGUGGGAAGUUCACUUUCACCCAUCCAACCCAGAACAUCUUUUUACCUGCUCUGAAGAUGGAUCCCUCUGGCACUGGGAUGCUUCCACAGAUGUACCUGAAAAGUCGUCACUCUUUCACCAAGGAGGAAGAAGCAGUACUUUUUUGUCUCAUAGCAUUAGUAACCAAGCUAAUGUUCACCAGUCUGUCAUUAGCUCCUGGCUCAGCACUGAUCCUGCAAAAGACCGAAUUGAAAUCACAAGCUUACUUCCCAGUAGGUCUCUGUCUGUGAACAGUUUGGAUGUUUUAGGUCCUUGUCUUGUUUGUGGAACCGAUGCAGAAGCAAUUUAUGUUACUAGACAUCUUUUUUCAUAGAAGUACUAUAAUUAUAAGAUUUCAGAUAGAACAUACAAUUAGCCUUUUGAAAUCCAACUUCUGUGCAAAAUUUUAUUAUCAGAAAAUACGAGAUUUGCAGGGGAAACAUCAGUAAACUACCAUUAAUGCCAAUGCCCAGUUUUGACUUUUGUUAGCCUGACACUCCCAAACAGUUGUAGAAUCCGAUAGAUGACUGAUGGCAAAAGAUUGUGAACAUGUGGAAGAAAAUCAGUGGGAUUCUGGUGCUGAUGAAUAGGUUGCCUUCAGAGUAUUAUUGACAGACAGCUUGUGGAACUAAUUCUUUAUUUUUGAUGUUGUGGGAAUUAACACAUCAAUGGUGGUUAUGGGAACUACCAAUGGGUUCCUACAAUUUUUAUCAGUAGUAUGUGGCAUAUACGCCUUCCUAGUGGCAGUUGCCAAUGUUAAUGAUUAUUCUUUUUAUUGCAAGUAUUUCCUAUGAUCCUUCCACACUUUAUUUCCUUAAUAAUAAUAAACUUUUUCAGAAAGAAUUGAGUAGAGCAAAAAUGACAAAGAUGUGUAGCUGUGUUCAAUUUUUUUUUUUUUUUUUUUUUUGAGGCAGAGUCUUGCUCUGCUGGAGUGCGGUGGUGCAAUCUCGGCUCACUGCAACCUCCACCUCCCAGGUUCAAGCAAUUCUCCUGCCUCAGUCUCCUGAGUAGCUGGAACUACAGGUGUGUGCCAACACGCCCAGCUAAUUUUUGUAUUUUUAGUAGAGACAGAGUUUCACCAUGUUGGCCAGGAUGGUCUCGAUCUCUUGACCUCAUGAUCCACCCGCCUCGACCUCCCAAAGUGCUGUGAUUACAGGUGUGAGCCACUGCACCUGGCCUGAAAUUUUUUUAAGGUGAAAAUGUUUUGAGAAGUUCCUUUUUCAGAAUAGGUUUUUGAGCAGAACUCUUUCAGCUUGUUAGACCCAACUUUGCUUUUGUUUAGCUUCACAGCAUAGCUGAAAGUUGCCAAACUGGACAUUGUGCAAUAAAGUAGAAUUCUAUAUUGAUAAGCAAACUAUUUCCAAACUAAAAAUGUGAUAGAUAAAAGUGUCAUUAAUCAAGUGAUAUGAUCAGAGUAAAGAAUUUUGCCAUUUUGAUCCUUUUACUUUGUUUUAGCCACCUAUGGUGUUACCAACCAUCUUUAUCCUUGUCUGCAGGGAUAAUAAUGAACUAAUGUAGUGUUUUAAGAUAAUUUAAUGAUACUAUCUUUCCAAACUUUGUUAGAUUUUAAAUGUAUUAUUGACCUGAGACCUUAAUGACAAAUCACUGCUAUUAGACAAUUGAAGUGUUCAUUUACUUUGUAAUUCCAAUAAUCAUAGUUAUGGAAUUAUGGUAAGGUUUUGCUUUUCUGUCCUAAUAAAUAUAUAUAUUUUUUGAGAUGGAGUUUUGCUCUUGUUGCUGAGGCUGGAGUGAAAUGGCAUGAUCUCAGCUCACCGCAACCUCCGUCUCUUAGGUUCAAGCAAUUCUCCUGCCUCAGCCUCCCGAGUAGCUGGGAUUACAGGUGCUCACCACCACACCCAGCUAAUUUUUGUAUUUUUAGUAGAGAUGGGGUUUCACUGUGUUGGCCAGGCUGGUAUUGAACUGACCUCGUGAUCCACCUGCCUCAGCCUCCCAAAAUGCUGGGAUUACAGGCUUGAGCCACCGCUCCCGGCUGAUUUUUGUAUUAGUAGAGAUGACAGGGUUUCACCAUGUUGGCCAGGGCUGGUCUCGAACUCCUGACCACAGGUAAUCAGCCCGCCUCGGCCUCCCAAAGUGCUGGGAUUACAGGCGUGAGCCACUUAGUAUUUGUAACCAUAAGAGAAAGUAUAUUUUAACAGCAUUACAUUUCAUGCCAAUUGACAAGUUUUGCCAAUUUUAAUAAGAAACUAAGCUUUAUGUAAUAUAACACCGUAAUUUAUGAAUUUGUUCAUUGUCACUGUCUUUAUUCAUGAAACUGUCAAAUAGAGUGUCUUUCAAGGGUUGCAGGAUCUUAGAGAUAGAAAGUACCUUGGUGAUCAUCUCCAGCCUAAAUUUCAUCAUCCCUUCUAUGGUAUUCCCAACAAAUUAUCAUCCAACCUAUACUUAAAAACAUAUGGUGGCCAGGCAUGGUGGCUCACGCCUGUAAUGCUAGCACUUUGGGAGGCCGAGGUGGGUGAAGCACCUGAGGUCAAGAGUUCGAGAUCAGCCUGGCCAACAUGGCGAAACCCCGUCUCCACUAAAAAUGCAAAAAAAAAUUAACCGGGCAUGGUGGCAGGCAUCUAUAAUCCCAGCUACUUGGGAGGCUGAGGCAGGAGAAUUGCUCAAACCCGGGAGGCAGAGGUUGCAGUGACCCAAGAUCGUGCCACUUCACUCCAGCCUGGGCAAAAGAGCAAAACGCCAUCUCAAAAAAUAUACAUAUAUAAGGAGAUAAAGUUUCCCAUUUUCCAAUACAGUUUCACAUUUGAACAGCCCUAAUUGAUACAACUUUAUGGCAGGGUUUUAGUGUGUGAGUGGGAUCCAAAACACUCAAUCCUGUAAAAGGGUACAGUCCUAUUGUAUGUUAACACACUGAUGAUGUGAGCCUGUGAGAUGAGCCAGUCACCAGUUGUUAUGUUCGAAUCUGCUUUGUGUUGGGAUGCUUUAAUGUAGGGUUUCACUAAAUAAAUGAAUUUUCAUAUACUGAACUGAAA